GUUGCUGAUGGAUGUCAUCUUCAACUACCACUAAAGGAAAAGGUCACACUCUCACGCUUCCCCCACCCAGCAAUAUUUAUUUGGAGGGACUGGAAUCUAAAUUGCGAGAUCUGCAUGCUUGGGUCAUUCGUCUUCAAAUGAGUGUCUCUCAGGCAGGCUUCAGAUUCCUGGCCCUUCAACAGGCUUUUCGGGAUUACCGUUCUCAACUGGAGGAUAUCCAUUGUGCAAUCAUCCGGUUUCACGAUGAGGCCUGGAUCCUGCCCACAGUCGCUAUGCUCUUGCAGCUCUCGUAUCUAUCGCACGAUUACGGUCUGGAGUUCGAGCAUUGGAGAUAUUCUCCUGAAGCAAUCGACGAGUUCUUCCGGGAACACGGGGUACGUGUCACUUCCCUUCUGACUAUUGUGAGGACUUAAUCCUUCUUAGGUCUUUGAAUUCCCCCCCGAUCUGUUACCGAGUUAUCUCCCGGAUGCUCCCUACACGCGCCGUCCUCAGCCUUCGCGGUCGUUCAACGUUUCAACAUUUCAAACUUCAAGCUUCACCAUUUCUGCACAAGCUAGAUCUUGUAAUAUAUAUUCCUUAAAACCUGA